AUGGUAGAUGUAUUCAGAGGAUAUAAUUCUCUCAUUCAGCCGGUUCGAAAUUCAUCCGAACUCCCACUAAUUGUUAAAAUGGCUCUACAACUUGUACUGCUCAUCAAUGUGGACGAGAAAGAUCAAGUUAUGCACACAAAUGUCUGGUUGACACUGCAAUGGCACGAUUUCCAAAUGAAAUGGAAUCCUGUCAACUAUGGAGAAAUCAAACAGAUUCGAGUGUCUCCUGAUAAAGUUUGGCUUCCAGAUAUUGUUUUAUUCAAUAACGCUGAUGGAAAUUACGAAGUAUCCUUUAUGUGUAAUGUUGUAAUUAAUCAUAAAGGAGAUAUGUUAUGGGUACCGCCGGCAAUUUACAAGAGCAGUUGUAUUAUUGAUGUCGAGUUCUUCCCCUUCGAUGAACAAGUUUGCACUUUGGUGUUUGGUAGUUGGACGUACAACGAAAACGAGAUCAAACUGGAAUUUGUGCAGGCAGAACUCGUCGAUGUGUCAGAAUACUCCGCCAGCUCCAUCUGGGAUGUGAUAGAUGUUCCAGCAUCUUUGGUCAAUAAAAGAUCAAGAAUUGAAUUUCAAGUUCGAAUUCGAAGAAAGACUCUUUUCUACACUGUUGUAUUGAUUAUUCCAACUGUUUUAAUGGCUUUUUUGAGUAUGGCUGUAUUCUUCUUACCUACGGAUUCAGGAGAGAAAAUCACGUUGACAAUCUCUGUUCUGCUCUCCAUCGUAGUGUUCUUACUUCUUGUCUCCAAGAUUCUUCCACCAACCUCUUCUACAAUUCCCCUUAUGGCCAAAUAUCUUCUACUCACUUUCGUACUAAAUGUCAUCACUAUUCUGGUUACUGUAAUCAUCAUCAAUGUUUACUUCCGUGGACCCAGAACUCAUCGAAUGCCACAUUGGGUUCGCGUCGUUUUCUUACAAUAUCUCCCAAAACUUGUCUGCAUGAAACGACCGAAAUCCGCUUCCGAAAGAAGUGCCGUCCGUUCUGGAAUGGCUCAACUACCGGGUGUCGGUCAAUUCACUCUCAGCCCAUCCGCCCAUCAUCCUCUGUGUCCAUCAGCUGACGAUCGAACAGCUACAAUUCGAAAUACUGCACUCAAUGAGACGUCUGCAUAUUAUCCAUUAAGGAUUGACCAGCAGGAAAUGCUUGAUCGACUCAAAGAGAAAUACGAUACGGCUUCAAAUAUUCCGUGA